AUGGCAUCCCGCCUCCUCCGCCGUCUCCCCCCCCUCAGCAGCCCCCUCCGGCGCACCCCCACCCCGCUCGCCGCCCCCUUCACCCGCAGCCACACCACCAGCACCAGCACAAGCACCUCCGUCGACCCCACCGAGAUCUCGCACUUUGACGGCCUCGCCUCAACAUGGUGGGACCCGCACGGCUCCUCGCGCCUCCUCCACCUCAUGAACCCGCUGCGCCUGCGCUUCAUCCAGACGUGCCUGCUGCGGGGGUCGCCUGUUCCGCCGACGCCCACCGCGCGGGGCACCGAGUAUCUGGAUAUUGGCUGUGGGGGUGGGAUUCUGGCGGAGGCGCUGGCGAGGCUGAAGAGUACGAGGAGCGUGGGGGAGGAGAAGGGGGGGUUCGAUGUGGUCACAAUGAUGGAAGUAAUCGAACACGUCCCGCACCCGCACGCCUUCCUCUACACCGCCAUGUCGCACGUGCGCCCCGGCGGCUGGCUAUGUCUGUCUACAAUCUCACGCUCCUGGAUAUCCUACCUGACGACCGUGUUCGUGGCCGAAGACGUCUUGGGGAUUGUUCCGCGCGGUACGCACGAUUGGAGCAAGUACCUGAACGCGGAGGAGCUCGAGGGGUUCUUCCGCGCCCAAAAGAACUGGGGGGGCGACGGAGGAAUGGUCACGAUGGGGUGUAUGUAUCUCCCCGGGCUCGGGUGGAAGGAGGUGAAGGGGGGCGAGAAGGUGGGGAAUUAUUUCUUUGGGGUGAGGAGGGAUUUGGAGUAG